AUGGAAUUAGGUGCCAGAAACGUACUCAAUGUCGCUGUUAUUUUGGGAUGCGUGAUCAUCUCCAAUAACUUGCUACAUCCAGUCGGAGCCUACCUCUACAAUAAUCGCUAUGCUGGAGAUCAAGUUAUUCGAGUAACUCCUGUCAACAAUGGAGAAGUUGAAGAACUCAAGAGACUAUUUGGAAAUUUGAAGGUGGACCUCUGGCGGCCCAACAGUGCCGCCCUGAUCCGCGAGGGCAGCGACGUGGAUGUGCACGUGGGGCAGAACGGCACGCGACACCUCAAGGCCCACCUGCAGCACUCGCACAUCCGUCACAAGGUUCUCAUCUCCAAUCUCCAGUCUGAAAUUGAAAAACAAACUGGAUAUCGGUCUUCCAGAAAACGGCGAUCAGAAUUCCAGUACGACUACGAAGUGUACCACUCUUUGGAAGAGAUUCAGAGCUGGAUGUUUGAAAUGAACAGGACCCACCCACAUUUACUGGACAUGUUCUCCAUCGGCAGGUCAUUUGAAGGAAGGCCUCUCUACGUGCUUCAGCUAGGAAAGAGAACGCGCUCCUACAAGAAGGCCGUGUGGAUCGACUGCGGGGUCCACGCCCGAGAGUGGAUUGGACCAGCCUUCUGCCAGUGGUUUGUGAAAGAAGCCCUGCACUCUUAUCAGUAUGACUCUGUAAUGCGAAGACUAAUGAAUCAGCUCAACUUCUACAUAAUGCCAGUCUUCAAUGUUGAUGGCUACCAUUUCAGCUGGAAAACGGACCGUUUCUGGAGGAAAACACGCUCUAAAAAUCACAAAUAUCAGUGUCGAGGUGUCGAUGCCAACAGAAACUGGAAGGUGAAGUGGUGUGAUGAAGGGGCCUCUUCGCACCCCUGUGACGACACCUACUGUGGGCCUUUCCCAGAGUCUGAGCCCGAGGUGAAGGCCGUUGCCAAAUUCCUGCGGAAUCACAGGAAGCGCAUCAGGGCCUACAUUUCCAUCCACGCCUACGCCCAGAUGCUCCUCUACCCCUACUCGUACAAGUACGCCACUAUCCCCAACUUCAACUGCGUGGAAUCUGCUGCACAAAAUGCAGUUACUGCCCUUUACUCAGCUUAUGGGGUGAGGUACAGAUAUGGGCCUGCCUCUACCACACUCUACGUGAGUUCUGGGAGUUCCAUGGACUGGGCCUACAAAAACGGCAUCCCCUACACCUUCGCCUUCGAGCUGCGCGACACCGGCUACUACGGCUUCCUCCUGCCGGAGUCCCUGAUCAACCCCACCUGUACGGAGACCAUGCGGGCGGUGAAGACCAUCGCCGCAGGCCUGCUGAAGAAGUGCACCAAGUGAACC